AUCGUACACGUCGCUAGAUCACUUUCGUCAUUGUUCUUGCAUUUUUGCGCGUGUGUGCCAACAAAAGCUUAUAAAAAAAGAAACAAACAAAGAAAACAAGGGCAACGCGUUUUCUUAAUCGAAACAAAAAUUCUAUGUGACAGAAUUAAUAAAACCUCCCUUGCCUCUUCCAGUUGUGCGUGAGUGUAAAGAAACCGCGGCCCUUAGCUGCUGUUCUGCCUGCCUCCCGUUCUUCCUCGGUUAUUGUUUGUGACGCUGCUGGCGGUUUUCUGUUGUUGUUGUGGCCGUUGAGUUGUGAGUCGGCUCAUUCGUUUAUUUAAUCUGCCGCUGUUAUUUUACCUGUCCGCAUAUCUGUUGUCUCUCACAGCAACAUCCACAGACAUACAUCUAUUUACGUGCAUUUAAUCAAUUCAUUUUCCUAACAACCUACCUAUCUGAUAACUUUUUGUUUAGUCGUGUUCCGAACUUCCGACGCCACGCCGGUGACUUCGAGCCGUCCUCUGCAUCCACUCAACAUAUUACAUACAUACAUACAUACAUACUACAUAUGUGCUUUGAAGAUCUUAACUCUUCGGUUUCACAAUUUCAAGUGUUCAAGUUGUUAACGUGUGUGAAGGGGUUUAAAAGCUGGCCAUAACCUCUGACUCGCUAAAAAUAUAAAAUAUAACAACCACGGCAUCCAUGGCCACGUUAUCGUUUUCCUAUUGAGCAAAAAGAAACUAGCUCACUGGGCUUUAGAAAUUCAUCUCACCUUACCAGGCGUCUGCCCCCCAGUUUCGUUGAAAGAAUUCAUUCUCAGUCCAUUGGACAUGCGAAUUAUAGUGGUAUCAGAUACAUAAAUAUGUACAUAUGUAUAUAUGCAUAUGCCUAGGAUUUUUAAAUGACCUGAAGCUUAACUUUGAUUAUUAGUUGCUUGAGGCGCUUGUACAUUCAUACUUUUCCACAUGCAUGUGUUUUUUUUUUAGAUAAGACACAAAUUUGUUAAUUAGAUCAGAUGUUACUCAUUUUAUCAGUACAAACAUAGCCCCAGUCGCACCUAUUAUUACAUUUCUGAUGCUAUAGGGAGGGCAGCGCUCAAACUCUUGACAAAAAAACAAAAUUCUAAAUAAAAAAAAAAAAUUAGGAAAUUUCUGCCGCAAGUUUUUAUUUUUAAAUACAUUUUCGACAAUUACAAAAGAAUGAAUUUUUUAGUAACAUUAUUUUGACUACAACUGUAAAGGUUUCUAUGCAUUAUCGGAUAGUUUUUGGGAUACUAAUGAGGAUGAGCCAAGACCAAGUUUUGAUUUCCGUUUGCCAUUCAUUUCUAAAGGGCUGAAAAUAUUAUAAGGAGAAAAGAGGAAUCCCCAUUGGGUGACGAGGAGUCUGGAGAUUUCCCAGGCUGCAAAUCAGCUAUUCCGUAUCCAGUGGCUUCGAGUAGUCCGGCUCCCAAUCUCCGCGAGCGUACCAUGUGCGGUGAGAUAUAGGUAGUCAAACGUUAAUAUUCAUGCUGACAUCUCGAGCGUGACUGAUAAAACAAUCCACUAACCCAAACGCUCGCGCGAUCGUCAAAGGCUGGAAUCGAUUGGCGUGCAUCCCGGCAGGCAUCCACUCCCGCGCGCUAAUGAUAAGAAUUCGUUCCGUCGUCGUUUCUGUUCCACCAAAAUGAUAGUCAUCAAUGCUUCUGACACGGGUCUUACCCUCACACCUGAAAUGCUGCUAUCCACGUCGGAGUCAUCGACUCACAGCGCCUCCGAGGUGGCUGGACGAUUGCAGGUCGAUGUGCGGACCGGCCUGAAAUGGUCGGAGGCCAAGUAUCGGGCAAAGAUCAUCGGCCACAACGAGUUGCUGCUUGUCGAAGAAGACCCAACCUGGAGGAAGUAUAUUGAGCAGUUCAAGAACCCGCUUAUCCUACUGCUGCUCGGCUCAGCCAUGGUCUCCGUCAUAAUGAAGCAAUUUGACGACGCCGUCAGCAUAACCAUAGCCAUUCUGAUCGUAGUCACGGUGGCUUUUAUCCAGGAAUACCGUUCGGAGAAGAGCCUUGAAGAGCUUAAAAAGCUGGUACCGCCCGAGUGCCAUUGUCUGCGCGAGGGUCGACUGGACACGUUCCUGGCUCGGGAACUAGUUCCAGGCGAUGUGGUGCACCUCAACGUAGGCGACCGCGUCCCUGCCGACAUCCGGCUUUUUGAGGCCGUGGACCUAUCCAUUGACGAGAGCAGUUUUACCGGCGAGACGGAGCCGGCCCGUAAAAUCACCGACGUCCUACUGAACAACACAAACGUGAAGGACCACAGCAACAUGAAGAACAUUGCCUUCAUGGGCACGCUUGUGCGUUGCGGCAAUGGGAAGGGCAUAGUAGUGAGCACCGGAGAACGCAGCGAGUUCGGCGAGGUCUUUAAGAUGAUGCAAGCCGAGGAGGCUCCCAAGACGCCUUUGCAAAAGUCGAUGGACAUUCUGGGAGCUCAGUUAAGCUUCUACUCCUUUCUUAUUAUUGGCGUUAUUAUGUUGCUAGGCUGGCUGCAGGGCAAGCCGCUCUCGGAGAUGUUUAACAUUAGCGUAUCACUGGCCGUGGCCGCCAUACCCGAGGGCUUACCCAUCGUAGUCACAGUCACGUUAGCGCUGGGCGUUAUGCGGAUGGCUAAGCGCAACGCCAUUGUUAAGAAGUUACCGACUGUUGAGACACUUGGGUGCGUAAACGUAAUUUGCUCGGACAAGACGGGCACCCUAACGAAGAACGAGAUGACGGCCACGAUUAUCAUCACUUCCGACGGGUACAUGGCUGAUGUGACUGGUGCCGGCUAUAAUGACCAGGGCGAGAUUCACAUUCGUCACUGCAAUAAUGUGGAAAUGGCCAAAUCGAACAUAACGAACCUACUAGAGAUUGGAGCAGUCUGCAACAAUGCUUACAUCCAGAAGGGAACGUUGCUGGGUCAGCCCACCGAGGGUGCCCUAGUUGCAGUGGCCAUGAAGAACGGCAUGUACGCAACAGCCGAGAACUAUGUGCGCAUCCAGGAGUACCCCUUCAGCUCGGAGCAAAAGAUGAUGGCCGUGAAGUGCAUCCACAAAUACAAUAACAACAAGGAGGAGAUCUUCUUCGCCAAGGGCGCUCUGGAAACCCUGCUACCGCAGUGCACCAAGUACCAGUUCGGCACUCAGACUGUGCCUCUAACAAAGCAGAAUGAGUCAGAGUUUUUGGCCGAGGCGUACGAGAUCGGGCGCAAAGGACUCCGGGUACUAGCACUUGCAAAAGGGCGAUCCAUGCAAGACCUUAUCUACUGCGGUCUGGUUGGGAUCACUGAUCCUCCAAGGCCCUUGGUGCGUGAAUCCAUCGAAAUGUUGAUGCAAAGCGGCGUGCGGGUCAAGAUGGUAACUGGAGAUGCACAAGAGACGGCGUUGGCCAUUUCGAAUCUCAUUGGCAUUGACACAAUACACCACCAGACGCUGUCAGGGCAGGAAAUAGAUCAAAUGAAUGAGCAUCAACUGGACAAGGUAGCCAACAAUGUGAGCGUCUUUUACAGAGUUUCGCCAAGGCACAAGCUGGAGAUAGUCAAGUCCCUUCAGCGUACCGGAAACAUAGUUGGCAUGACUGGGGAUGGCGUCAACGAUGGAGUGGCUUUGAAGAAGGCGGAUAUUGGCAUUGCAAUGGGCAAAAACGGAACUGAUGUGUGCAAGGAGGCCGCGGACAUGAUUUUGGUCAAUGAUGAUUUCCACACCAUCAUUGCUGCCAUCGAGGAAGGCAAGGGCAUCUUCUACAACAUACGGAACUUUGUUCGGUUUCAACUGAGCACAUCAAUUGCUGCCCUGGCCCUUAUUGCCUUGGCUACUCUGAUGGACAUUGCCAACCCCUUGAACGCUAUGCAGAUUCUGUGGAUCAACAUCAUAAUGGACGGCCCCCCAGCACAGUCACUUGGCGUGGAGCCCGUUGACCACGACGUUCUAAAACAAAAGCCUCGCAAUGUGAAGCAGCCCAUGAUUACAAAAUCUGUGGUGGUUAAUGUGCUUCUAAGCGCUAGCAUUAUAGUCUUGGGUACGCUUUGGGUGUUUCAACGAGAAAUGGCCGACGGAACCCUGGGCAAGACCAAACGAGAUACGACCAUGACCUUCACGUGCUUCGUAUUCUUCGACAUGUUUAAUGCCCUCUCGUGUCGCUCGCAAACAAAGAGUGUAUUCACCAUCGGCCUAACAACCAAUCGCAUGUUCCUGCUUGCCGUUGGAUUUUCAAUUGUCGGCCAAAUGCUGGUCGUCUACUUUCCACCGCUCCAGAUGGUCUUUCAAACAGAAGCCCUAACGCCCUACGACAUAUUUUUCUUAGUCUCGCUCACAUCCUCCGUGCUGGUCGUUUCCGAAAUAAAGAAGUGGUUUGAGCGCACCAUGGAGCGCAAGAUGUACAGCACCCGUUCCGAGCUGGACUUUGUAUGACACAGCGCAAGCGCUAGAGAUGAGUUGCAAUUGCACCCCAAAGCCGAGUAAACUGAAUAACUUACCACAAAAAAACCCACAAAAAAAAAACGAAAACUAUGCCAAAUACAAGCGAGGUGCGUGGUCAUAUGUGUCCAUCUGGAGCAGAAGCAUUGGCCGUUACAGAUGCAACAGGGUACCGAUGAUGUGUGUGUUUAACUUUUUCAUUUUUGAAUCGACGAGUUGACGAGAAUGUAUUAACUAAAGCUGCUGAGUCUCGACCAGUUUUUACAAAUUCGA